GCGAAAAUCGAAAUUUGACCCUGUCUCUGACGAAGGCGAAUCAGACACUACCUUUACAUCUCGGUGUCACUGCAAGAAAAUCAAAGAUGGCGGCACUUCAGCGGAUGGUGACCGCUCUUACCACCAAGGGACCCGUUUUAGCCAAAAAUGCUGUGGAAUUCUCCAAGCCGCGGCUGCAGACCUUCUGGUACUACGCCAAGGUGGAGAUGGUUCCUCCCACACCGGCGGAGAUCCCCAAAAUCACCGAGGGGUUCUCCAACCUGAUCAAGGCUGCCCGUACAGGAGCCUGGAUGCAGACCACUGUCAGGGAGGGUGUAAGAAACACGGUGGUGGUUGCAGAGAUCGGAUUCUGGUUCUUUGUCGGGGAGAUCAUCGGCAGACGCAGCAUCAUCGGCUACAACGUUUAACCUGAUGUGAACAUUUUACAUGUAGAGAACAUACCUGACUAGUGUAGUCCAGUCAAUACACUCCAGAUGUAACCAAUAUUGUCAGUAUACUGUACAUCAACACUCAAGAGCUGUACUUUGAUGUUGCGUUGAUGGAUUAAACUCUCUGUGUGAAGAAAUUA